CUUCCCACCAUCGCGGGUCAAGAAGAGGCCAGAGCGGAUCAGGAUCGUGAACUCGAGAAGAACUGCAGAGAGAGACUAUUUCUAUUAAAAAAACAACAGCGCAAAUGGACACGACUGAUCAGAGCCAUCAGGUGCUUGGAGCCGAACACGCGCCCGCGUCGUCGCGCAAAGGAGGCCGGUUUUCGUGGGUGCGCAAGCUCGUGCUGUCCACACGCUCGUCCUAUCACCACAGCAGCGGCAACCAAACUCACAACAGCGGGAGCAGCAAUGGAAGCAGUCCUGCGUCGUCGCAGUCGUCGCUGGCGGGCGCUGCUUCCCACGUGCGUCGAGCGAGAGCAUACGACCACUACCAUCGCCAGCACCAGUCGUCCUCCGCACUCAGUCCGACGCCGACGACGUCGUCCUCGCUCGCGCCGCUGUACCAUUACCGCUCGCAUAGCGGGAACGAGAGUCCGCGGACGAGUAUCAGCACGAGCGCGUCGACGGCGACAGCGUCGGCCAGAUAUCUGCGAUCGACAAACACGCGGCGAAACAGUUUCGAGAGCACGAAUAGCAACUAUGUGUUUACAAACGUAUUCGAGAGCGCGGUGCAGUGGCCGGUGAUGACGACGAGUAACAGCAGCAGCAUCGCGACCGGCACAAGCGCAUACCAGCGCCCCGCGCUCACACCGACAACUACGACGAGCAGCACCGCGCGCUCACCUUCGAUCCUGUCAUCGUCCUCGUCGACAAACAACACCGUGCCUUCAUCACUCAUGACAGUUCCGCCACUGAUCCCGGCCGUGCACCAUGCAGCCGGCGGCGGCGGCGGCUUUGGCCUGCAGAGCCAGCACGGGUACGACAACGCGUCAGUGGUCACGCUCGCGAGCUCGUCCAAGCGGCGGCGGAAGAGCGUGGACACGAACGCGAGCACGCGUGCGCUGGCGCCGGAGAGUUUGUUUGGCGGGAGCCGCGAGUCGCUGCCGCUUACGGUAGCUACAGGGCGCACGGGGAGUCGGCGGAGCGCGACGACGGGACGGAGUCUGAGUCGGUCGCGGUGGGCGGUGCGGUCGCCGGCGGAGAGCGACGGUGAGAGCGGGGGGGAGGAGGAUGAGGACGGAAGCGAGAGCGAGCGGGCGGAGUCUGAUAUGGAGGACGAGGGGAGAGAUGAGGGUAUGGAGACGCGAUCGGGGGAUGGGGCGGUGAGUGGGAGUGGGGGGGAUGAGGAGGGCGUUCAGUGAUUGUUUAUCAAGUGAAUAAUGAAUGAAUAGUAUAUGACAACAGCAAUGACAAUAACAAUAACAUAAUAACAAGAACAUAAUGACAAGAAGUAAAUCCCAAACCAGCAGAAGAUAAACAAAGGGCAAGGGUUUGGCC